GGGUUUUCUCUAUCACUCUCCGGAAGUCAGGAAGUUGAUUUGUAACAACAACGGAGACUGACUGUAUCCCAAAAAUGGAUUAAAAAUCAGAAAUAGUUUUAUCGAUUUGAAGACUCAGGCUGUUGGAGUACCUGAUUUAUCUGAUGAUGUCUAACACGGCGAGGAGUGGGGACAUUAUUCACCUGAAUGUUGGAGGGAAAAGGUGAGGAGUGGCUAACUCCGGCUAGCUAGCUAACAAGCUAACCGGGUAAAUACAUGGAUGAAGGGUCGUUUAUGUCUGUUAUUGUCCCACUGAGGAGGGAUUUAUAAGUAUUUGAAAUAAAAAAAUAAAAGCAUCUGCAGCCUCUCUGACUCUGUUGUAACUCGUUUACAACUCAAAAAGUCUCGAUUCAUUAGCUACUUUAAAGGUGUGUUGGAUUUAUUUGAUUUAAAAAUCUGUCAAUUAUUAGUUUCUUUAACUUUAUAUACUGAUGUUGUUUUGCCCAAAAAAACUGUCACACACAAAGCAAAGAAACUUUAAGAGGCUAAACUGAAGGGCAUAUAUAUGUAUGUAUAUAUGUGUGUGUGUGUGUGGGUGUGUGUGCGUGUGUGUGUGUGUGUGUGUGUGUGUGGAGAGAGAGACGGGGAGAGAUUAUUAUGUCCUAAAGAUAUGAAGGACUCCUCUGUUAGAACCAGGCUCAGCAGAACUCAGUGAAAUCACAGCAAAUCCUUACCUUACUCCAAUAAAUAAACAGGAGGCAAGUCAGUUGGUAUUGGCUGAUAAUGCCGAUGUCACACUGUUGAUGUUUUUUUCUGCAUUUGACAAACAAAAUAAUUUAACAGCAACAAGAGAUGAGAAAUCCUUUAUUCUAUGUUCAUUACAAUCUAUCAUAGGUAGUUACGUCAGUGAGUGACGUGUCUUAGAUGGACUUUAAACGAACUGAUGAAAAAAGAGAAACACGCAGGGUUUUGCUUUAGAGCACAUUGCUGACAUUUGUGUUAGAAGCGCAUUAUCCCAAACUUCAUAACAGAGCUUAUAUUAAACGCAGGCAAGUGACUGUCUUAGAUUAGAUUAGUUGUUAUUUAGGAUGUGUAAAAUAGUUUUCCUUAAGAAGAGAGCUGUGAUAUCAGCCUUGUGAGGGAUGAUGCUGAUAAAGUCAGAAUACCAAUAAUUGGCCCAAAAAAUUGGCAAAGCAAUUCAUUAGUUUAUCUCUAGUUUCUACACUGUAUCUACUAGGUAGCAGCUCUGGGAUCCUCACGCUAAGAAGGAGCUUUUACAUUUGAAUAUUUGAACAGAUUUUAAUCUCAGAGACUGUGUUUUGAAACUGAAACUUUAAGACAUAUAGAAAAAAAGUCAAAGCUGAAGAACUCUGUCGUAUGAAGAAAAGUUAAUACGUUUAUUUUUGUUUGCUUGAAGGUUCAGCACCUCCCGGCAGACGCUGACCUGGGUACCUGACUCUUUUUUCUCCAGGUAAGUAAAGAAAACACUCACUGUCAAAAUUUCAGCAAUUGGCAGCUCAGUAGAGUUGUUUUUUUUUUUUUUUUUUAAGAGCAACAGUUUAUUGGAUUAUUUGAUUUCUGCCAAAAUUCAAAAAGCUGCUUGUUUAAAAUGCAGCUCUACACUGCUGAUAAUUUUCCCCCUGAGUUUACAAAGAAUCAAGCAUGUUACCUGAGUCAAAUGAAGCCCAUCAGCAGAGUGUUAAAUAAAAGUGUAAAAACUGAAUAUUUCUGAAAGUUUCGGUUUCUCUCCUCAGUCUUCUGAGUGGUCGAAUCUCCACUCUGAAGGAUGAAACUGGAGCUGUAAGUAAUGACACUCUCUGUCAAUGUUAGCUCAUUAAGUGACCUAGUGGUCACAUUUUGACUCCUUGUCUCUCCUUUCUCGCCGUAGAUUUUCAUCGACAGGGACCCCUCCCUAUUCGCCACCAUCCUCAACUUCCUGCGGACGAAAGAGCUGCACCCCCGCUCCAUUAACGUGCACAUGCUCAUGCAUGAGGCAGAGUUUUAUGGGAUCACACCGCUGGGUGAGACACUCAGACUUCUGCAGAGACUGGACAGAAUAAAUCUAAUGUAGCACGUACAGAAGUUAUUUUUGUUUUUAUUUCUUUAAAUUUUUCUCGAACAAAACUUCAGCCGUUUUGUUUUACUUUCAUGUUGUUGGUUAUCAAUUGAAAUCCAUAAAGAUCUGUUUUAUCUAUCAGUGCGUAAGCUGCAGCUGUGUGAUGAGCUGGACCGAUCGUCCUGUGGAAACGUGCUCUUCAACGGCUACCUGCCUCCACCAGGUAGGCCACCGAAAAUCAUACAGUGUGUUACUGCGUCAUAAAUAUCAGAUAAAACUCACUUACUUCACCACACUAAGUGUUUUUGUAAAUGUGGGUCCUGACUCCCUGCAGAGAACCAGAUUGGUUGGGAUUUGUCAAACAGAGACAUACCCCUCAGGAGAUCUGAUCCCUGACUCCUGGAUAAAUUCUGUUUUGCCUCUCUGACCGCACUCCUGUCUGUGUCACCCCAGUGUACCCAGCAAAGCGUCGUAACCGUCACAGCGUGGCGGGAUCACAGUUCAUGGCAGGCCGAGUCAUGUCAGCAGAGAGAGCACCGGUCAGACGCAGCAACACGAUGCCUCCAAACCUGGGAAACUCUGGGAUACUGGGCAGAGCCAGCACUGAGGAGAGGACGCCUGGAGGUAAAGACACACAGUCAGACAUACACAUGCUGAGAUUUACAGUUUGGAUACUUUGUUUAUUUAAGUUUAAUGUUCCAUUUUGAGCAAUUAAAAAUCUACCACUGGUGAAAAGUCAAAAAUUACUUCUGGAUCAGGAUCUCUUCUGGGCUGUAAUGAUUCUGUCUGGUUAUUUAAUUCUUCCCUCUAACAUAUGAUUGGUUCGUUUAUCUGCAAAGCUUGUCAUUGUGAGUAUAAGUUUACCUGAGUGUGUGUGUUUGUGUGCAGGCCAGCUGUCAGACACAGGCCUGGUUAGGAUCAUCUGCGGUCAUCACAACUGGAUCGCUGUGGCCUAUGCACAAUUUGUUGUCUGCUACAGGUAAACAAAAGUGAGAGGCAGAACUGAAAUACAGUGUGUUGCAGUGAAAGGAUGUAAUACCUUGUUGGCCCAGUAGAUGGCAUGUGCACUAUGGUCUAGGUUGAGGAAAACACUUUUUUGACCAUUAAAACUGUUGUUCCCAAACUUUUUGGAGGAUGAAAAAUGCUCAUAUUUUAAAUCUGAUUCUCACUUUAUUUUCUGUCAGAGUAAAAGAGUCAACAGGCUGGCAGCAGGUCUUCACCUCUCCUCGUCUAGAUUGGGUUAUCGACAGAGUCGCUCUGAACGCCAAAGUGAUGGCUGGCUCGCUGGGAGACAACGAUAAGAUGGUGGCUGUUGCCUCAGGGACAGAGAUCAUCCUGUGGGCCAUCUGCCCUGAUGGAAACGGGAAUGAAAUCGGUGUGUUUGCCUUGAAUUUUACAAAUACAGAGACACAUUUUUUCAGGAAUAUGUCAGCAAAGCAUCAGUGAAGACGACAAACUCUAAAAAAAUCUUUUCAUCUCAGCAGCUCAAAAUUAAAACAUCCCCUUGACAGUCGUGUGGUUUCUCCUUCAGGUGUCUUCAGUCUGAACGUGCCUGUGGAGGCUCUCUUCUUCGUUGGUAAUCAGCUGAUUGCUACCAGCCACACGGGGAAGGUCGGGGUUUGGAACGCUGUCACUAAACACUGGCAGGUGGGUGGAGCCAUGGAUCCAAAACCAUCUUUAAUCAGACACAAAAAAUGUUCAAUUCAACCUUCUGUCAGAAUAGCAGACGGCCAAUCAGUGUAACGAAUAUAAACACAGGCAGAUGGAAGGUGUAAUGUUCUUUUCUGUGCCCCUGCAGAAUCAGGAUGUUGUUCCCAUCAGCAGCUAUGACACAGCCGGCUCCUUUCUCAUCCUCGGCUGCAACAACGGAUCCAUCUACUACAUAGGUGAGCCACAGUAACCUCCUACACACACACACACACACACACACACACACACACACACACACACACACACACACACUUUCUCUUUGUGUACAGCUGUUAAAGAAACCUGUAUGAGUGUUUUUCAGGCUGAUUUAAUGGCAUAGACUCUCUAAAUAUUGUUCUUAUUUGAAAUGUUUUGUUUAAAAGUUUUAAUUACUGUUUUUGUGUUUUUCUUUUAGAUGUGCAGAAGUUUCCUCUGAGGAUGAAGGAUAAUGACCUGCUGGUGACAGAGCUGUACAGAGACCCGACUGAGGAUGCCAUCACAGCACUCAGUGUCUACCUCACCCCUAAAACCAGUGAGGAAUACUAAUAAUACUAAUAAUACUAAUAAUACUGCUCAUUUUUUUCCUGCUACUGUAGUUAAAACCUUUAAAGCACAUUUAAAAAGUUUUCAAACUUUCAAAACAACUGAAGCAAGUUUACUCCUGCACUGUUGCUACAGACCCCAUAACUGUGCAGAAUAAUCUAUAAAUGUAGACUCAGUCUUUAGUCCAAGUCUGAACCAUGUUGGUCAUGUGAUGAUCAGGUGACAGUGGGAACUGGAUCGAGAUCGCGUACGGGACGAGCUCAGGAACAGUUCGAGUCAUUGUUCAGCAUCCAGAGACAGUUGGCUCGGGGCCACAGCUCUUCCAAACCUUCUCAGUCCACCGCAGCCCCGUCACCAAGAUCAUGCUGUCAGAGAAACACCUGAUCUCAGGUAAGUCUGAAGGGCCAGCUUUUGAAUGGGUUAAGUUAAGACCAGAAUCAUGUGGGUAUUUCAAUUAACAUUGGUCCUGAAUUUAAAAAAAAUGAACUUGAUCAGAUCAACCCAAUCAAGAUAAAGACUUAAAAUGAUCAAAUACAGAUUAUGAGUCUGAUCGAGACCAUGUGCCGUGAACUUUGUCCACAGGGGGAUGCCAAAAUCCACACAGACUGAAAGAUGCUGAUUACUAAAACAAAGGUCCCUGUGUUUUGCUCUAUCAACUAAAACACUGAAGUAAUGCUGAUGUAAAUAGCAAAAAAAGUAAAGUUUUUCUUAUUGUCUACACAUUCAUAGGUUUUUUUUCUGAUGCUAGAGGACAUAUCAUGAGAAAACUAAGAGCAAAAUUGCAUCUCUUGAGUAUUUCUGCAUUCAAACAGCUGUGAAUCUCUGUCAGACCUAAACAGCAGGUUCAGACACAGAGGGAUUUUCUAAGUCACAAGUCCAUACUCUGCCCCCCGCGCCCCUAUCUGCAAGCCAGACCCCGAGAAAUGCAGAGGACAAUCGCAGAACAAGUGUGUGCAAUGCUCGUAAGAAAGCUUAUAAUGAUAUUAGCUUCCAUCAUGUCUCCGAAGACAUUAGUGUCCAAGAGCGGAAUAGCUCCUAUGUUACCUGCCACUUAUACUACACCAGCAAUGUUAGGCUGCAAGCUAGCAUCUCCGCCCACGACUCAGGGGUGAAUUGUUAAGGAGCUACUGGAGCUCUGCAGAAGAAAAGCCUUUAAAAAUGACACAGGUAAUGUGGUAUUGGCUAAAAACAGAAAACACUUUAAAUAGUAAAAAAAAUAAAUUGAUAAAUGAGAUCCGACAGUGACUUUAAAAUGUUUCCUCUUUGAGUUCUGUGAAACAAUACUCUGAGGGUUCAGGAAAGUCCUGGUUUUUGGGAUUAAAGUUACCCCUAACCUACUGAAAAGUUUGACACAGAAACAAGAUUUGAUUACCUGGACCAAUCUGAUUUUCUCGUCCCUCUGGUCUUGAAGAACCUUUUUUUAAGAUUUGAUACAGUCAAGAAGCCUUAUAUCCGAGCCCUGAUCUUAACUUUGAAAUUGGGCGCUGUGUUAUUCUUAGUCCUGUCUCUGAUGCUCUCUGUGUCUGUCGUUCAGUCUGUGCAGACAACAACCAUGUGAGGACGUGGACAGUGACGCGGUUCAGAGGGAUGAUCUCCACCCAGCCAGGAUCCACGCCACUCACCUCCUUCAAGAUCCUCAGCCUUGACGACAUUGACGGACAUGGAGGCUGCAGCGCCGGGACAGAGAUCGGUAACUCACUAACAGACAGAAGUGUGAGGGCAGAAGGUCAAAGGAUGAUUAAUAAGAGUCUUUCUAUCCUCAAAGGUCCACUUAAGAGUUUCCUCUUUCAGCUUUCAGGGCUCCUUUAGACCAACAGUCAUGAAUAAUUAGACUGACAGCAAAGAUCAAAGUGAGACAGUGACAGUGGUUCUGGUUUUAGGUCCAUAUGGGGAGAGAGACGAUCAGCAGGUGUUCAUCCAGAGAGUCGUCCCGGAUACCGACAAACUCUACGUCAGACUGUCCUCUAAUGGGAAAAGGUGAGAGAGGACGCUACUCCUUCAGUGGCAUUAAAUAUUUGGCAGGAAUCAGGGGGACAUGGUUUCUUUGUUCUGGAAUUAUAGGAAAUAAACGUUACAAAUAACCUUAAUUUAACAAAUCAGAGAAUUUAGUCAAACUAAAAUCAGCUCCUGAAACAUCUCUUAUUUAACAUAUAGCUGUUAAAACCAACCUGAUUUUACCUGUGUGUGCGCGUGUGUGUGUGUGUCAGGGUGUGUGAAGUGCGCUCAGUAGAUGGCACCUCCAUCACAGCCUUUAUGGUCCACGAGUGUGAGGGCUCCAGUCGAAUCGGCUCUCGACCGCGGCGCUACCUGUUCAGCGGCCACGGCAAUGGCAGCAUUCAGAUGUGGGACCUGACCACCGCCAUGGAGAUCGCUGGGAAGGUCGACAUCAGAGGUGAGACUGGACAGCAAACACAGUUUGCGCAGUUUAUGAAUGGUCCAUAAACUUUUGUGUGAUGGCUGUGAGCUCUGUGAUUGGUUGGAGAGUAAGGAAAGUUCUCAUUGUUCUUUCUGCAGCUUUGGGCGGGCCUACAGAGGAGGAGCUGCUGGAGCUGCUGGAUCAGUGUGACCUCGCUCUGACCAGGACACCUGACAGCACUCCAAGAGCCUCCACCUGCAGGUACACACACACACACAAGCACAGAAAAACACACAUUCUUCCUUAAAGAUAAAUCUUGUGCCAACAUUACCUACAAUGCCUCUGAGUUUGGCUGUUUUUCAGUAGUCUGACAGCUUGUGCUGUUGCUUAGAAAUGGUUUUCUAUUUUCUUUUAUCUCAGACAUGUAACCUUUUUAUGUACCUUGACAUGUUUCGGCAGAAAGUUUCGCCUUCCUUGGAAAUGUGACAUUUUUGAGGAAGGUACUUUCCUCUUUCUGACGCACUUUUUGUUCCGCCGAAACAUGUCAAGGUAUGUGAAAAAGAUGACAUGUCUGAGAUAAACAAAAAUGGAAAACCAUUUCUAAGCAACUGAAGACAUAAUGAACAUCAUUCAACUUGUGCUGUUGUUGUUGACUGAUGUUGUCUUUGUUGUUGUUGUUGAUGACUGUUGUUGUUGACUGUUAUUAUUGUUGUUGUUGUUGUUGUUGUUGACGACUGUUGUUUUUGUUGAUGUCUGUUGUUUGCUCUCUGUCCCUCCAGUCUUCACUCUCAGUUCAGUGACACCUUCCGGUCAGAGCGUCUCCACUCCUCAGGAGGAGGAGGGAGAGGAGGCGGAGCUUUAGGUUCCUCUGCCUCACUCUGUGGUAGCCUCCCCAGACAGGCACCACCCCCUGUCCCCCUCACCAAACCUAACUCCACAUUCUCACCUGGACCUGGACCACCUAGCCUCAGUGUUCCAGCCUACGCUCACAACCCCUCAUCCAGUCCUCGCCCCCACAGACACCAUGACAGGGACAGGGAGUGGGGGUCUAUACGCAGGGGGAGCUUCGUGGAGCGCUGUCAGGAGCUGGCGAAGGGUUCAGAGGCAUCUGUGGGUUCUGGUUUUGGAGUCCCAGCAGGGUCAGAGGGUGUGAGGCGGAGCUUAGCUGUGUGCAGUGAGCUAGAGGCCAGAUUUGGCAUCAAGACUCCCACCACCUUCUCAAUCACACCUGGUCCUCGCCAAACUCCAGGAACACCUUCAUCAUCCUCAUCACAGCGCAGGACCGCACCUACUUCCCCAACAAGCCCCGCCCCUCCUCCACCCCCCACUGUAAGCCCAACGCGCUCUCAAGCGCCUGUCUCACCACGCCGCAGUGCUGGGGCGUCUCCUCAAACGUCUCCUGCGACCCCUCCUGCUGAUGUCACAGCAACUUCAGAGAGCCCAGCCAAUCCUGACAGUUCGGCUUCAGCCCCCCCCACCAGCCCCAAACCACACAUGAAUGAGACCAGCUUCUGAUAGGCUGUUUGGACUGAGACUAUGCAUCAGAUAAGUCAGAAACCAGGAGACUAAAACUUUGACGAUUAAUGAGGACAGGUGAUCGAGUAAAAAGACAACAAAGGGCUUUAAGUUCUAAAUCACAAGCCCCGCCUCUUUUUAUAGCUGUACUGUAAGUGUCCAAAAGUCUAAAAACUCAAAUAAAUAUUGUCUUUAAACCGUGCUAAUAUGGGAUCAUGUUUCUGUGUAUUUUCUGUCAUCUCUGCUGCUCCUGGUGGAGGAAACAUGUUACUGCAGCUUUACCGGCACUGAUUGUUAUUUUGUACCUUUUAUAACCAACAGAAAAAAGUUUGUUUUGUUGAAUUUGUAUCUUUUUAACUGAGCCUUUUCUAUCAGUUGUUUGUAUUAAAGAAAAUUUGUAUAGAGACUCUUAUUUUUGAAAUGUGUUUUUGGUCAUACACUGUGAUAAACAAACAAACUUUGUCUACAGCCUGGAUGUCUUUCACACUUUCAGCUCUGCUGUUAAAUCUACCAAAUUCAAAACUUUCUCCAAAAAGCAAACCAGCCAAUAGAAACUAACACAAUCACUUUAUUUUAUCAGCUUAUAUUUUUCAGAUAAUUCCUCAAGUUAUGCAUUUAUAGAAGUCGGACUUUAUUUGGAGAAAAUCCCACCAAAUUUAACAUCAUCCUUUUUUUGGUACUGAGAUACUUGGCUGUUUGCUUUGACUUGUACUGAAUACAGAAUCUAAAAAUUACUUUUUUUCUGUUUUCUUUUUUUAUUAUUAGUUUUGGAAAUUUUUGGAACAAUAUCGGUAAAAUGUGUCACUGUAACAGUUUAUUUCUUUCAAAUUAAUUUUGUAAAACAAGGACGGUCAUCCAUAUCUACACCUCCUGCUUCUUCACCUUGUUAUGACCCCUUUUUUAACUUUUCCUUAAAUGUUUGUGAAAUUGUGAUGUCUGUUUCUUCAUAUGGUUUGUUUCACUUUUCAGCAGAUUUCAGCUUUAAAACUUAAGUUUCUCUCUUUGUCUCUGUAAACAUUUGUUCUUCAGUCUGUUCGUAAAUUCAGGAGUUUCCUUGAACUUAAAAUAAAUCAAAAUAAGACUAACAUUGUGCAACUUGGAUCAUGUAAAAGCUGCAGCCUUUGAUUUAAGAUUUUAAUUUUACGGGGCCCAAAAGUGUUCAAUAUAAAUUAAUUAAAAGGCCAUUUCAUAAACAAUGAGUACAAACUAACCAGCAACUUUAAAAAUUAAAGAAACUUCAGGUGUUUGAGAGGUGUUUGUAUAUGUUUUGUCAGUCAUAUGAAAUAAACAAUCAAUCACAAA